CCCUAGUGCCAGCUGUUGGGAUCAAACUGUUGCAUAUUGUUUUUCUUCGAGUAUGUGAAUUAAAAAGUAUUUGUAUAUUCACAAAUAUGUUGCGAAAUGGAAAAAUUCAAUCGCAACUUUUGGUUCAAUUUACUCGAAGACUGGCAUCAAGUAAACAACCAAGCAGAAAACAGGAAAAUGAAAAGUCUACAAAGUCCACCGGUUUGGAACUGCCCCCGGAAGAGUCUUUGAAUCCCAGCUACUUGGCGCGAACGUUAGGCAGUAACUAUCGCACUUGGGUUGUGGCUCUCGAAAAACAUCCAGAGCUGAAAACGGUCAAGCGAAAGGAUUUGCUCAGUUCAUACGAUACAUUGAAAUCAUUGAAGUAUACCGUAGAUGACAUUGUUGCGAAGCCAAUGAUCAUUUACUAUGGCGCCUCCACACUUUCCAAUCGACAUAGUGUGCUCAUCGAAUGUGGAUUCCAAAACAUCUCCAUUCAGACAUUGUUCAAGUACGUAACCGUGAUUAACAAGCCCAUAGAUAUGCUCAAAGCACACAGUCUAAUACCGUACGAUGUGAAUGUGCCUCAGCGUUUGAUUGAAUGCUUCACGGAUGUGCAUCUGGCCGACAAUUGUCAUGUAUCAGCUAACACUGGCGAGGGUAUCACCCUAAAGGCGCUGCGUCAAUCGCUGCUCAAUUCGUAUCUACAGGAGCGUCUGCAAAUGGACGACACUGAGCUACAAAAAAUGUGGCGCGUCUAUUCGCGGGUACGCCAUAAAAGUUUUCGCUCCGUGCAGGAUAAUAUUGAAUUGCUAUCAAAAGUGUUCAAAAUAUCGGCUGAACGGCUGCGAAAGAAUGCUUUCUUGUUGCACGCGGAUGCGGACAACAUGCGUCGCAUUCUGAAGGAGAUACCAACAAUCAAUGGUCUUGAUAUACGUGACAUUGGCUAUCGUCGUCCAAAGAUCCUCAUGUCCAAUUGUGAUGGCCUUAAGCAAACGCUGCAGCAUGUGCGUUCCUUUGGCAUCACCGAGGAUGCAGUUCUGCGCUGCCUCGAAGUGCUUACUCUUGGACCAGACACCGUAUUGGAGCGACUUCGCGACAUCAAUGAAAUCGAGCAGUUUCAGGUCUUGGGCAGUAAUCCGCGCAUUCUGCGGCUGGUGCACUAUCAAAACAAAGCUCGCAUUCGUCUGGACUACCUAAAUCAGCUAAAGGUGCGCUGUGCCUCGUUACACAUACUCUCCUGCGGAUCGGACGCCUUUGCCAAAUUUGCACGUGAUGGCUCAGAUCGCACCAAAGGUCGGGACAUUGUCGUGUAUCUGGGUAACAUUUUCCAAAAAGAUGAGCAGCUACUGCGCAAUCUAUUGUCACGUCAUCCUAACUGGUGUCAUAUCCCCGUGCUGCAUGUCAAGCAAUGUCUGGAAUUCUUGCAGAGCAAGAAAUUUGGUCCUGAUGAUAUCUUUCAGAAUAUUCACCUGCUGCUGUAUCCAAUCAAACGUAUUGAGGAGAAAUUGUUACUGCUACAGGUCACUGAGGCUUUGGAGGAGUUGCAGCUUCCUGUUGCCGAUAUGCACGCUCUGAGCAACAAUGAGAUUUUAACGCUCAUCUUAUACCUUAUCGAAUCAGAGUUUCACUUCACAGGCGAUGGCAUUUGGACGGAGCAACAUACGCAUCACGUGGAGAAUUUCAAUAACCUGCUGCCCGACUUUCCCGAAAGUCUUAACAAAGUGUAUAAAUACGGUGUCAAGCCAUCGGAUAAGUCGACCAUGCUCCACUUAUGAAGCAUCAAUUGCAUUAGGCUCUUAAUAAAGUUUAUACUGUUGAAAUUUCAAAACUUGAAA